AUGACUGCCUUGGUGGAAGCAAUGUCCGCAGCUGCCGAUUCAACGCAAGCGCAACUGGAAAGCAGCACAACGGGCGCGGGCUGGUUGCGUUGGCAUGCACACUCGGACUCAGCGACGGCAACAGCCACGACAGCCACCGUCGCGACUGCUGCUAGGAACGAUGCUACUCCUGAUGAUGCCGCUGUCACUCGGGCGGCGGCGUCGCGAAUGGCUGUGCCGGCCAGCACUCCGGGCAAUGAGUCACCUUCAGCGAAACUCACACGCGCAGACAAGCAGCAUGGAGGCGAGGACACAGCCGACGCCGACAACGACGACAACGAAGACGAUGAUGACAACGUUGACGAUGUUGAAGCUGUCAGCGAUGAGCAGCGAGACGAGGACGCCGAGGACGCCGAGCAAGACGAAGCGAGCGAAGACGCCAACUCAAACACCAAGAAUUCAAACCAGCCACCCAGGUUGCGUAUCGUCGUCAGCGACGCUGAUGGCAGCAGCAGCAACAGCAAGGCCCGCGGGUUGUCUCUGCAACGAUCCGUGUCGAACGGCAGUGCAGAGCCCAGCCCAUCGUCCCCUGCUGGAGGAGCGUCGCCUGGAUCCGGUUUUCAAUGUUUGCCGCCUGCCGUCCUUCCGAGUAUUGUCCCGCCAGCGAGGAAAUCUGCGUCGAACGGAAUGACGUUCGCUUUGCACAUUCGUCAGCAGCCCAAGCAUGCUUGCAUGGGUGGCGUUUCUCACGAUGGAGCCAGAGGCAACCGACGAACCGUCGACCCGACUCCCAUCGUUCAAUUGUUUUGCUACAAGCGCAACGGGCACCCGCAAGUGUCCAUGACUGCGAUGCACUCUCGACUGAUACUUUUGGCAACCCUGUGGUCCCCGGACAUGAAGGUCGAACGUAACAUGAUGCGAACCAAACCCGACCAUGCGAACUUGACCGGAUCGUCUGUGGCCUCGCUUCACCAUCUUCGAGACUUGCCAGAUCAAGACGGCAAUGAACCUUCCGCCAAUUUGUUUGUCUUUCCAGACUUGCUGAUCCGGGAGAAGGGCUCCUACGUCUUGUUAUUCCAGCUAUUCCUCUGCACGAGUGGCUCGCUCGAGCUACUGACAGAGACAACCUCGGCGCCUUUCGUUGCUGUGGGUGCGCGCGAGUUCCAGAAUCAAGGUGGGUUGGCCGUGUCGUCUCCGCUGGCUGUCAAAGUUUCCUUCCAAGGGGUCAAGUUGCAGCUACGCUCGGGCGAUUUCCAUGGGGAAACCAGUGCCAACCUAGCGCGUCCGUAUUGGAUCCCGGGGACAUUCUACAGCCCCUGGAUACAGGAGUACCAAACGUCCACGAAAGCACCGUCUGCGCCAACGCUCGCCAAGGAUGCACAUUCCGCGUCCGUCGCGAUUGCCGUGCAAUUUAGAGAUCAACUGCCUCAACGUGCAGCAUUCGAUGCAGCCGGAGCGUCUGCAUGCAUGCCUUCGAAACGCUCGUUUGCUCAGCUCUCCCCCUGUGAACAGAUCAAAGGCUCUGAGCCGAGUCCCUCUGCUUCUCCUGGACUCGGUUUUCGUCUUCAUCCAUCCUCUUCACCGGGGAUCGAUCAGCCAACAAGAACGAUGGUCACAAGCUCUCCAAGCGGGCAGGACCGCGUUGCAAAACGACACCGCGCAGAGUCGACGGCCGAAAGUGAAGGACGCAAAGGUUCGAUUGAAACACCCAGCUCGACGCCCACUUCCAUGUCGUCGCAGCUGCUUAGCUUUGUGUCGUAUACGUCUCCAGACCGCGGCACUGCCCCCACCCCAAUGGGCCAGCAGUCCACGCCAGUAUUGCAGCAUUUAGGCGCACAGCAAGACGUUGUAUCAGCGGCUCAUCUUCAGUCCGUGCAACAGCAACAGCAACAGCAGCAGCAGCAGCAGCAGCAACAGCAACAGCAGCAGCAGCAGCAACAACAACAACAGCAGCAGCAGCACCAACAGCACCAACAUUUGCAACAGCAGCAACAGCAGCCAUAUCAGCAACAGCAACAGCCGCAACAGCAGCAACAACCGUAUCUGGUCCACCAGCAAAUCCAACAGCAGUACCUUCAGCCGUAUCAGCUGAAGCCAUACGAGUACCAGCCUCAGCUUCCACUCCAGCACCAAGUGCCCCCGACAUCGUUGUUGCAGCUCUCGCAGACAUCUCUGAUGCAACCAUCCUCGCUCCCAACAGGCGCCUCGAUUUUGGUGCAACAACCACUUCAACCUCUGCUGCAACACCCACAGGCAUCUGUACUGAUGCAGGUGCCGUACUCUUCGGCUGGCCAGUAUUCGACUACUCAUCAGCUGCAUCCUCAAGUGAACUUUCAGGUCGGGAUGCAAGCAGGAAGCAUGCCCGCCAUGCCACAGCCCUCAAAUCAGCUUGGGGCUCCGAUGCAAGCGUCAUUCCCUCCCCAGCUUCAUCAUCCACAUCAACAAAUGCAUCUUCAUCAUACCGCUCCCCACCAGUACCAUACACCUCCGUACCGACAAUAG